AUGCCGUUUGGAUUGUGCAAUGCUCCAGCAACGUUUGAAAGGUUGAAGGAGCUUGUACUUACCGGGCUAAUUGGCGAUGCCUGUCUGGUCUACAUCAUCAUCGUAGGCCGUACGUUUGAGGAACACCUUCAAAACCUGGAACGCGUGCUCAUGAAGAUCCAGAGUGCCAAACUCAAGUUAAGUCCGAAGAAGUGCUCACUAUUCAAACGGCAAGUUAGCUUUUUGGGUUAUGUAGUGUCGGAAGAAGGUAUCCGCACGGAUCCAGAGAAAAUUGCCGCUGUCAAGGAUUGGCCGGUUCCAAAAGACAAGACACAGGUUAGAGCAUUUUUGGGUUUGUGCUCUUACUAUCGGCGAUUUGUGAAGAACUUUGCAGAUAUAGCCAAACCUCUGCACAAGCUAACCGAGGAGAAGCGACAUUUCUGCUGGGAUGAAAGUUGCGAUAUUGCAUUCCAGGAGCUCAAUAACUGUCUAUGCAAAACACCUAUCUUUGUGUACCCUGAUGCGGGCAAGGAAUUUAUAGUUGACACAGACGCAAGUGAUAUAGGACUUGGCGGUGUGUUUUCUCAACGGAAUGGUGAUCAAGAGAUUGUGAUAGCGUACUUCAGCAAGUCGUUGUCAAAACCGGAAAGGAACUAUUGUGUCACAAGACGGGAAUUGCUUGCUGUGGUAACGUCCUUGCAGCAUUUUAGCAAAUAUCUCCUGGGGCGGAAAUUCUACUUACGAACUAACCAUGCUGCACUGAAAUGGCUAUUGCAGUUCAAAAAUCCGGAAGGACAAGUUGCGAGAUGGAUUGAACUACUACAGGAAUACGACUUUGUGAUCGAACAUCGCAGCGGGAAAUCUCAUGGCAAUGCAGAUGCAUUAUCAAGAAGACCUUGCCCUGACGAUUGCAAGCAUUGUACUAGGCAAGAGGGUAAAGAAGUGGUAUCUGUGAGGAUACUCAGGAUAGACCAGCUUAGCAAUGAGUGGAAGUACAGCCGAUUCUGGAAUGGAUGA